CUGCAGUUUGAGGCGCUCCAAACGGUCGUGCUAGCUCUGGAUAAAUUACUGUGGAAUUCGAACUUAGAAAAAGACGGCGGAACUCUCCGAAACCAGAGAACCUCCCAUCUCUGCUACACAGCAUCGUCCCAGCAAAUUUUGACAAUUGGCUAUUUAUAAACAUUACGUUUUCACUUUGUCAAAUGUAAAUCAAAUUAUGUUAUUGAUAUUGUUGUAAAAUUCUUUGUAGAAGAAUGUAUAUAUUUUGAAGUCAAGACUGAAAUAAACGAAGCUGUAUAUUCAAUACUUUACCCUUAGCCAAAACUCGAUAUAACUUAAACACCUUUAAACGUUGUAUAAAUCGACGUGCAUUCCUGAUCUUAAAUUAAAUUUACUUCGGGGUGAACCCAAGUAUACUUAUUGUUGAUACGACUUAUCUUGAAAUGUUUUCUGAUCAAUCCUCUUACGCAAUUGGUCAUUGGGGAACCAAACUAGAAGGAAACCGUGACAAGCUACGAAAGAUGUGUAACUAGAAUACUCUAGAAUUAUAAAUAUUGGUUUAAAUUUUAUAGAACUUGUAAAAUUUGUUAAAACCUUUAAUUGCUGGGAUAAAUUAAAUUGCUUGGAGUACUUUCAAGAACGUAAAUAAAAAAAAAAUCUUUGAAAUGUGGCAAACAUCCUUACAAUAAACCUUCAGUUCGAAAUAUUUGACAUUUCUUAUUUUAGCGGAAGACUCUUAUCGUUGUGAGCACCUAUCACGAACACUAAUCGAUGUGCAUGUAUUUUAAAUUAAAUUAAAAAUGUAGAAUAAAU